AUGAACUUGCUAGGAGCAGGAUCUGGCCUUCUCGUGGCGGCGAGCAAUGUUUUUGCCGGACCAUCCGCCUACGCAGUAUGUCAGACCGGGUGCUCGGCACUCGUCGUGUCUUGCUAUGCAGCAGCAGGCUUUGUAUUUGGCAUGGUACCAGCAGUCUCAGCACCACCUGCGAUCAUCGCCUGCAACUCUUCAUACGGAACCUGCCAGGCAGCCUGUGCUUCAAUACUGCUGGUACCGUUCCCAUAA